UGUAACGUUUAUCGUACGAGAUUGCGCGAAUCACUCGGAAGACAGCAGAGCGAACGUCCUGUUUGAGGUGUUAGUAGGCCUAUAGCUCUGUUUAUGGAUAUAUACGAUUGUAAGGGGAAAAUGUGUGUGAGUGUUAACUGACUUUAUCUGCUGUUUGGUUUCUUGUCUACUUGAAGACAAAUACACUGUAUUUACGAGUUUUCAUGUACACGAACACACUGCUGUUCUGUUUGUGUAUCGAUAUUUGGACUUUGAUCUUUGGGGUGAAGUACGAACCCAGUCAGCAGUACACUGAACCAGAGGCUGUGGACACGACACGGAUCCGGGGCUGUACUCCACGGUUGUAAAACGUAAUGCAGUGCAGACUUUCACAGGCUGGUUUUGGAAGAAUCCUUGCCCUUUGGAAAAGCCAAAUGUUCUCCUGAGAAAUAUGUUUACGGUCUCAGGUGGCCGACAGUGAGGUGAAUGGUCUGUGUGAAGUGAACAGAGGUACUGAUCUUAACGUAUCAUUUCGGGUGCAAUUCACCAAUCAGUGACACGCAGGCUUAGGUAUCAUUAUGGCUCCCUCGUAUAGUGCGACAACCUAUUUUUGGCUGGGACUAUCAAUCGGCAUCGUUGUUGCGUUCACCUUCACUUUUAACAGGUCUUUAUUUCCGAAGUAUGUAUAUGAAGCCACCAGUGGUUCUGGACUCGAUUCAGACGUGGACAAAAGUAGAAGCCUUACACUAGAUGACAGCAUUAUUUCUCCAAAUCAAAGAGGAAACCAUGUCAAAGGUUCUAAUCGAGUGCCACAGAGCUUUCAUUCUCACGAAGAUCUCGACAAACACAUCGUGCCACAUAAAGAAUUCCACUUUGAAGAUGGUCAUGCACACUAUGAUGAUUCCAGUGUUGCUGAGGAAUUGUACCACAAAGUCCGCGUCCUUUGCUGGGUGUUGACGUCACCAGAUAAUCUUCAAAAGAAGGCGAUCCACGUGCGAGCCACGUGGGCUAAGCGGUGCAAUAAAGUUCUGUUUAUGAGCUCCGUAACAAAUAGCUCCUUUCCGACAAUAGGACUGAAUAUAUCCGAAGGGCGGGAACAUCUGACAGCCAAAACAAUGCGGGCGUAUGAUCACGUCGCCGAUAACUACAUGGACGAAGCUGAUUGGUUCAUGAAGGCAGACGACGACACUUACGUCAUCUUGGAGAACCUGCGUUACUUCUUGUCGGAUGUUGACCCUAACGAACCGGUGUUCUACGGUCACCUGUUUAAAACGAUUGUGAAACAGGGUUAUUUUAGCGGCGGAGGGGGCUAUGUCCUGAGUAAAGAGGCACUAAAACGCCUUCGAGCACGUCCCCAAAACGUGUGUAGGAAUGACGGAGGGGCAGAAGAUGCGGAGCUUGGCAAGUGUAUGGAGAACCUGGGUGUAAAAACAGGAACAUCUCUCGAUGUGUUUGGGAGAAGUCGCUUUCACUGUUUCGACCCGGACACACACCUCCAAGGGGGAUAUCCUGACUGGUACUAUAAAUAUGAUGCUUACGGAGCCAAAUCGGGCCUGGGGAGCAUAAGUGAUUAUGCCAUCACAUUCCACUAUAUACCCCCGGAGAAGAUGUAUGCCUUGGAGUUUUACGUGUAUCAUCUUCGUCCUUACGGUUUGGUUUCCAAAACGCAGAGCCUAAAUGUGCCGCGAAAUAGGACGUCCUAGUCUCUUAUUCUCGUGUUCACAUUCUAUAUCCAUUGUAAAUACUUCCAGUCAUGAGAAUCUGCCAUCAGAAAAUGAAAAAAUAUGACGCUGAACAGAACGACGGACGUUUUUGGUACCAGCCAAGAAUCAAAAGCUAGUCCCAAGCAGUGAUCAAUUCAAACGAUGCUACAAAGACGUAUAAAUCACACUAACGAGAACGUUUAUCGCAUAACGGUUUAUAUAACGCUACCUGUUGGUCCACUGAUGCUGGUGUUACCGGCUUGGGAGAAGUGCGUUAUGAACCAGCUAGACUGACGCGAUCGGGGUGAUCUUCAGAUUUAUCGGUAGCUAAAGUACAGCAGGCUGGUCAAGAAGUUGCCUGGUACGUUAACAAAAGGAAUUUAUUCUUUCCUACCUAAGGAUGUGUGAAUAACCUGUGAUUUUUACUGUAUAUCUAGCUCAUCUGAACUGAAUUUUGUGGCAAGAAAACAUAUCCCCACACGUCUUGACAAGAAAAUGGUGAUACUGCACGAGCAGAUGUUGUCCACGUGAUAUGACAAUCUUUGGUCGAUGGCUGUAUAUAGCACGGAACAGUCGAUCAUGAAGCAGCCCUCGUUUCUGAUUUAUUUUCUUUGGCGAUCAGUCAACGCCUAUGUCAGUAUGCAGCAAACCGUUUUCUUUUCAUAAAGAAGUUAACCAACAACUAAAUAAAGAAACCAAGUUUACCGCACAAGGGAUGAAAUAAUUUUAUUUUAUUUUUCCGACACCAUGUCCGGUUGAGUUUAACGUUGAUACAAGACUUUUGUUCAAUAGAUGUUAGUGAUGCCAGUUGUCUAAAGUGGGAUCAGGGAACAAUUUAUGUAUUUAUUAUUUGAUUGAUGAUUAACAUCAUAAUAUAUUUCUUUCAAUCGAUGGGACACUGCAUGCAUUGUGAGGGGGCGUAUUCUCUGACGGUUUUUGGUAUUCGCAUGUUGCAAAAUAUUAAACCACUGACUUAAUCAAUCCGUCUUUACGUCACACUGUGGCCAGCUUGAGCUCUCAUUUAUACUCAAAGGCUGUUCAGAAACUGUGAUAGAGAAUAAUUUUGUUCCAUGUUCGGUAAAUAGGAAAAUAUGAAUACUACAUAGGUCAUAGAGAAUUUCAUAUAUUUUACUCGCUAAUUAAACAUUUUGUCUGAAUUUUUGUUUUUAUUAAGGUAUACUUAAGCAGGCAUCAAUCACAUGGGUUCUGUACACCCCACUUCUUAGGGCACAAUGACGUUUUCGCGUAAAGUAAACAGAAUAAAUAAAUUUAGUUACAAAUAGCAUAUUCUUUUCAUUGAGUUUGAUGCUGUUUUUAUUUUCAUCAUGUUUUGUUUGGAUUCUCUUUUGGUUUUGUGAUUUGUUUGUUGUUUUUUUUUGUUUUGUUUUCCGGG